GCAGCGAAGAAUUUAUCUGAAACGAAGAACUUCGUCUAUUGGCAAUUUGGCAUUGUAGAGAGGAGAGAAUAUGACCCUAAUCGUUCUUCAGUACGAUGGAUCGAGAGGGUGCAGUUACGCCGCCAGAGGAAAUGCAGCACGAUAGAAGAGUUCGCUCUGCCGCGUAAGAUCCUCGAAACUACCACGACCACCAUCCGCGGCCUAUUUUCGUUAUCUUCCCUGCCGAAAAUAUCGAAACCCUAAACAGAACAUCAGUGUUCAUCUGGUCGCGAUUUGCAUCUUAAACAAACCAUUAUCAUUAUAGGAUACAUGUAUAUAACAUAAAGUUCCAUCUAUGUGGUUACCGCACCGAGAGCAAGUUGAUUAAUUAAAGAACGGAGUAGCUCGUAACGGAACGGAAUUAUUUGCACGUCUCUGUUGUGAAUCUUGUGACCGCACGAGCUCAAAUUCAUUUAUAAGGAAGUGCAAAAAGCAUGCGUAGAUCGCUAUGGAGGAUUCCUUAUCGGUCAAUUGCUGACACUUUAUGUAAAUCAAAGUUACACGAACAUGGACCAAGAAAUGUUGCUCCUAAACUGGAGUUAUCUACUCUUACGGCCUCGGGUCAUGGAAAAAAUUCGACCACAAUGUCUAUGCAGAUGCAAAUUGUCCAUGCGCUCCGCACAGGUGAGAGAAGCAGAGCUUCCUAUCUACUUUCAGAUCUUGUCCGUGGAAAUCACUUGCUAGGUGCUGCUGAUUUCAUUCAUAUUCUUCAGUACUGUGCAAGAUCACCGGAUCCUCUGUUUGUCAUGGAGACCUGGAGAAUGACGGAAGAAAAAGAGAUUGGCCUGAAUAACACAUGCUACCUGCUCAUGAUACGAGCUCUUUGUAAAGGGGGUUACUUGGAGGAGGCAUUUAAUUUGAUUAAUUUUCUUGGAAAAAGUCAUGGCAUGUUUCCUAUUCUUCCCAUGUACAAUUGUUUCUUGGGGGCUUGUGCAAAAAUGCAAAGUAUGAUUCAUGCGAAUCUAUGUUUGGAGUUGAUGGAGACCCAAAUGGUGGGCAAGAAUGAAAUUACAUAUACAGAACUUCUCAAGCUUGCAGUUUGGCAGCUAAAUCUGCCCGCAGUCCAUGAAAUUUGGAAGCACUAUAUUAAACACUACAGUCUCAGCAUAUUUUCUCUCCGGAAAUUUAUUUGGUCCUUUACAAGGUUGAAAGAUUUAAACUCUGCAUAUGAAACAUUACAACACAUGGUAGCUUUAGCCAUGAAGGGAAGGCUUUACGUUAACAGGACUUCUGAAGGAAAACUGUCUUCUUCUAGAUUGGACAUCCCUAUUCCUUCAAAUGUCCCGUUGAGCUCACAGAAAGUUGACUUGGAGAAGUAUGACAAUGUUUUUGCUUUGAAAAUAGACACUGAUACCAGAAACAAUGAGCAAUCCAUUAAAUUUAAUAGGGGAAUCAGUGAAGCUGGAAGUGUUAAAUUAGGUAUGAUGAAUAAAUUUGAAACCAUGCCUGUUAUGAAGGUUUUGAGAUGGUCUUUCAAUGAUGUAAUGCACGCUUGUGCACAAACUCAGAAUAGUGGACUAGCGGAGCAGUUAAUGUUGCAGAUGCAAAAUCUUGGGUUGCAACCAUCAAGCUGUACAUAUGAUGGCUUUAUUAGAGCUAUUGUUUCUAAAAGAGGUAUAAGCAAUGGCAUGGAAGUGUUGGAGAUAAUGCAGCACGAGAAUUUGAAGCCAAAUGAUUCAACUCUUGCAACCCUUUCAAUUGAAUGCAGCAAAGCUUUAGAACUUAACUUAGCUGAGGCUCUACUGGAUCAAAUUUCUGAAUUUAAGUAUCCUCAUCCUUUCAAUGCUUUUCUUGCCGGAUGUGACACCAUGGACCAACCUGAGCGUGCCGUUACAAUGUUGGCUAAAAUGAAGCAAUCAAAAGUCCGGCCAGAUAUAAUGACGUAUGAGCUACUGUUUUCAUUAUUUGGUACUGUGAAUGCUCCAUAUGAAGAGGGCAAUAUGUUGUCACAGGCAGACUGUGUGAAAAGGAUAAAGGCCAUAGAAAUGGAUAUGGCAAGGAACGGUGUUCAGCACAGUCAUUUAUCAAUGAGGAACUUGCUUAAAGCCCUUGGAGCAGAGGGAAUGAUGAGAGAGCUGAUCCAAUUUGCAUUGGCAGAGAGCCUUUUCAGUCAGAGUAACACUUAUAUGGCAACACCCAUCUAUAAUACAGUGUUGCAUUCACUUGUUGAAGCUAAGGAAAGUCACACAGCAAUAGAACUAUUUAAAAGUAUGAAAUAUUGUAGUUUCCCGCCAAAUGCCGCAACUUACCAUAUAAUGAUAGAUUGUUGUAGCACUAUAAGAUGCUUCAAAUCAGCAUGUGCACUAGUUUCCAUGAUGUUGCGUGAUGGAUACAAUUUGGGGACAGUGACAUAUACUGCUUUAAUAAAGAUCCUGUUGGAGCAUGAAGAUUUUGAUGAAGCAUUAAAUCUGUACGAUCAAAUGAGAUCAGAAGGCAUUCAACUUGAUCUUCUGUUGUACAAUACCAUUCUUCAAAAAGCAAAUAGAAAGGAAAGGAUCGAUGUAAUUGAAUAUAUUAUUGAGCAGAUGCGCCAAAAUAGAGUACAGCCUGAUCCGUCAACCUGCCAUUAUGUGUUUUCUGCAUAUGUAGAAUGUGGUUUCCACAGCACGGCUGUAGAAGCAUUGCAGGUCCUGAGCAUGCGAAUGCUUUGUGAAGAAGGUAACACUCCACAAGAAAAGAGGAUGGAAUUUGAGGAUCUCAUACUUGCUGAAGAUUUAGAAGCUGAGUCACGAAUACUUAAGAUUUUUAAGGAUUCUGACGAGAAGAUUGCCACUGCUCUUUUGCAAUUAAGAUGGUGCGCUAUACUUGGGUUUCCAAUUUCUUGGUCAACUGAUCAAAGUUCAUGGAGCAGUCGACUCUCAACUAACUACGAUAGUAGAAAAAACACUACUUGACGGAUUAAUGAUGAUAUGAAUUUUCCUAUCAAAUUCAAUAUCGGAAGCUGCCCAAAAGGGCUAUGCGAUUUUGAUUAAACAGGCGAUUGCAAGUUUCAGAAAUGGCUGAGAGUUGCCCAAAAAGAGAUGUUAGAGCUCACGGGUUGCUGUGCUAUUUAUGAAACAGAUGUUUCCAAUAAGUUACCUCUGCAUCAAGCGAUUUUAGGUUGUAUAACAGUAGAAUAACCUCAUUUUGAUCGGAGCUGACCGGCUGUUUACACUGUACAUUUGAAGAGCAGUUUACAGAAAUCCUGUUACACUUAUUUUUGUUCUAUUGAUAAAAUUCUUUUUCAAUAAUAUUGGUUACAGUUUUAAACCAAAUG